AUGCGAGGCUUUUCAGUAGCACAACUGCACUCCAACACCUCAGUCCCUCAACAAGAAUCACCCCCCGAGUCCUCUGCAACUGUCUGCAUUUUGGAAACCGAGGCUCCUCAAGACGCGCCUGUCAUGGAUCGUGCGCGCAUGGCCCCGCUCCUCCUCCUGCUGCUGCUUCCCUUCGCAGCAGCCGCCCCUACCGCUGCCCCCACGGGGAAGUCCCCCCCCGCAGCCGCAAAAGCACCCGCGCCCGCUCCGCCAGUAACUCCGCCGAAGACCCUCCCCGCGUGCCCGCUCACGGGGAAGCCCGCGACUAAGCCGACGAUUCCGCACUCGCGCUGCGUGGAGGCGCAGCAGCUGUCGUGCUGCGCGGACUGCGCGGAUCUUACGUUUCCGAUACAAGUGCUCGCGAUAGAUGUUGCUGCUGCCUUGGAGCCGGUGACGCAGGGUCUGGCGACUGCCCCGGCAGAUGUAGGUGGUACUCGUUUGGGUGCUAAGGGUGCUUGGAUGGGUGCCAAUGAUUCGGGAUAUUAUUUCAUUGACACGCCUACGGGUCCCUACAUGCAAGUGUGCAAGGCAUUCGCACAGCAGGUCUACGACAAGUGCUCUACACUUAAAGUUGGUGACAUAUCAGUGGACAUGGUAAUCUACAACCCCGAGCAGCUUAUAAAGCAAGCCAUCGUCCCCCUUGUUGCAGAGGCUGUUCCAGGCUUCACUGCUGGAGUCAGUAACGUGGGUUGUUAUGGUGGCCCCCAGGUCCUCCCCGCCACCCCCCUCUGCUGCGACCCUCUCGCCAUCCCCAAAACCUGCUCUGCUGGUUCGGUAAACACCACCGGAGCUGAGAAGAUCCCGGGCCGGAAGCCCGACGCGAAGAUCUGCGCCAAGUACCCCUACAAGACCGGAACCAUCCCUUACAAGCGCCCCGCGCUGCCCCCAACCGCCUUCGACAAGCCUACCCUCCCGAAGCCUCCCCCCCUCCACCCCAUCCUCCCCUUCUACCCCGUCCUCCCCAUCUACCCCGUCUUCCUCUACCCCGUCCUCCCCAUCUACCCCGUCUUCCUCUACCCCGUCCUCCCCAUCUACCCCGUCUUCCUCUACCCCGUCCUCCCCCUCUUCCCCGUCUUCCUCCACCCCGUCCUCCUCUAUCCCGUCCCCUCCACCUCCACCCCCUAA